AUACCUUGAUGCGUAUGAGCGUAUCAACUUUCUCGGGGAGGAUGGCGAAGAACGCGGGGCGGAGAUGGACGACGGCGAGGACUCCAGACUGAUGCGGACCAAACGUGCUAUACGGUCCCUCAACACAGUGCCCCUCAGUUACAACCAUCAACAUCACAACGUCCUGGAAUCAAUCAGAGGUGGUGCCGGGUUAUCCUCCGUUCUCUACAGACCAUCGCUGUACGACAAGCUGGCUCUGUCCUUGGCGUCUCCAUUGCCGAACGAACAUGACUUUGCCUUCAACGUGGGCACCAUCCUGAGCAAUGAGGGCCGUCACGUCAUGCAGUUGAGCCAGUGCCCACGCCUGAUCGAGCACAUGUUGGCUCACACGGGUGUAUUCAGAGAUUGGGAGACGCAGAAAUAUUUCCUCACAACAUACAAGGAGACCAAAAGCAGAAGUCUGGUACAGUUCUGGAUCGACUCCCUGGGUGACAAGAACGUGUUGGACCUGCUCAUCCCCGACAGUCUGGACCAGCCCCGGUUGUUAGACGAGGGGGAGGAGGGGGGGCCAGACCCAAGUAGAUGCGGUCUGGCCGAACUUAAUACCAGUGGUGCUAUAUACAGUAGGAAUGUGCAUAACCUGAGCAGUGACAGUUUGGAAAAUUUUGAUAAGGAGAAUUUUUUAUGCGAGGACACGUGCGAACCCACCAUACUACGGGGCAGCGGCUCUGGGUCCUCUUGUGUCGCGAGUGAAACUAAUCUAAACCUUGUAGAAAAUAGAAUACAGAGUGGAAGUUAUGAGAGUUUAGCAGACAGUGAAUAUGGGAGAAUACCAACCUCAGACAUCAUCAUCUCACAUAAGUUAAAAAAGGAUACCAUUUUAAAACGACUUGAGAAGGUUCUAGAAUGUGAAGGGAGUGACCUCAAGCUUGCGAAAGAGGACGGAGAAAUAUUUCACUUAGGGCGGGAUCUCGGGACGCAGGAUCCCGAGGGGACACGAAUAAGUCAAAUCCUUCACAUAAUUCGCAACUUAUCAUUUGAAGAGCAAAAUGUAGCAAGCCUUGCCAAGUCUCAAACAUGCCUCAGGUUUUUAGUUUUGUGUAUAUGUUCACGGUGGGGAGGGCUGGCGGUCAAUGCCUUGGACACCCUGGGUAAUAUCGCGCCCGAAGUCAAGUUACGCGACCCUAAAAUUGAUUCGUGUUCGGCUUCAUUAUUAGCGCACGUAUGUCAGGGCGUGUCCUCGCCAGAUAGAGCCUUCGUCCUCAGAUGCCUGGAGGUCCUCAACAAGCUGGCCAUGAACGACCCCAACGAAGAAGUCCUGAGUAACAAUAUUGAUUCUCCGGUAUAUGGGCAAAUCUGCAGGUACCUUACGAUCCAUGACAUAAUGCUGUUGAUAUACACUCUGGAGUGUCUGUAUUCAUUAUCGUCCUUGGGAACACAAGCAUGUAAUGCCAUAGUGCGAGCAACAGGGUCAAUCCACACACUCAUCUCUCUACUAACUGUAGAAGCACAAAGUUAUGGACCUGAAGCUUGUAUUGGCAUGAAGGUUGUAGAAACUGUGACUGGGGUAGUAAGUGAACCAGAGCCGGUGAAUCCUCCUCCACCUCCCACCCCGGCUCCCCCUGCUAGCGUUUCCUCGUUGUCCACACCGACGCCUCCUUCUGCCACCCCAGCGGUGCCUGUCAGUAGCAUCCAUUCCUCACCUAUUACAACUGGUGCCUCCAAGACCCCCCUCACUAAACCCGUCACCACAGCAGCAGCACCUGCUGUUUCCGCAGCUGCUACACCAGUUACAGGUGGUGACCCAAAGAAACUUGCAAGUCGAAUAGUUCCCCCAGAAGUGGAGGAUUUUGUUAAAGACUGGGUUACCAAGAACUAUGAAGCUUGCCAUGGAAACGCCAUAGAACAAGCAAUAGUGUAUCGCCAUUUUGCGGCUUCUAUGCAUUCUAUGGGCAGGAAACAGGGACUCAAUCCUGUACUUCUGUCGAAUUGUGUAAGAAAAGUGUUUGGGACUGGUGUUGGUCCCAGUCGACGACCUGUAGAUGAAGGGGCAGAGAAGUGGCACUAUAAUGGCAUCAGAAGACGUGACGGCAUUGUUGUUCCACCGAUGCCCGAGAAGAAGAAGGGCUUCAGAAUAAACAGCACUGUCCCUGUGUAUACACCGACCCCUGUCCUUCCUGCCAUCAAGACCGAGUCGAGUGAGGGAAGAACUGUGGGAACCAUUGUUGCCUCCCCCCAGCUGGUGUCAGCGACCACAGUUCAGACUGAUGGCAUCAUAUCACCAUCAUCACCCAUCUUGAAAGCCCAGCUGUCGGCACCACUGAGACCGUCCCCACCGCCGCCUGCCAGACCGCCACAGGGCAUGGUGAGUGGUACCAUGUCUCAAGGUGUGUAUAGCAGUGCACAGCAGCAACAGUUCCCACAGCAGCAAGCUCAAGGAGGCAACAGAACAGAUAAUUCUGCUUUAAUCAAGAGUCUUUUGGCCAACAAGGUAACUCCAGUGGGAGUAUGUCAGGCAGGCAGCAUGGACCCUCUCCACCCGCACCAGUCUCCCCAUUCACGACCCCUCCUGGUUUCCUCCGCACCACAGCAGCCCAGGGGGACCACGGGUGCUGUAUCAUAUGUACAAGCACUAUCCCAGGGUCCUCCGGGGCCCUUGGGACCCAUGCUCAGUCCUACUGGUAUGGGGUCUUCCCCUGGGAUGCAGGUAGUGUCGGGGGGGCAUGUAGGGGGUCUUGGGGGCCAGCACGGACCACACCAGCCAUCACCAGUUCAGGUGUCACGAAAUAUCCAAAAGCAGCAGUUACAGCAGCAGCACACGGAUAACAGCCAAGACAGCAGCAGCGAUUCACAGCUCAGAAAAACUACCUCCUUUAAUGGGAUAUGUAACGAGAUAAAAAGAUGUGAAGAUGAUUCCAAUUCCUUUCUUUCCUCUGGACUAAAUGACAAAAAGGUAACAAGUUUUGAAGGAAUAUUACAAAAUGGAAUUAAAUCAGAUGUAGACGUGAAGGAAGAGGAAUUAGAAUCAAAUACCAAAAAGAACGUGUUAGCGGAUCUGUUGGAAAAAACGGUCGGUGGAGAUAUAUUAAACGGUGUGGUUGAUCGUGAGUUAAGAAUUAGUGAUAGAGGACUGGAAUUUGUGAAUCAUGGCCAGCAAAUUAAAAUUAAUGGACCGUUAACUACUAAUGGUCAAACAGGACUUGAAUCUGGUCAGGGAGUGAAGAGACCGGCAACCCCUGACAAUGCUCCUGCCAAGAGGAUAGCCCUGGAGGACCCAAGAGCUGGCACUGAUAGUCGGAUCACAUUGUACGUCAGCCAGAACGGGAGUGAAAGUGGUGAAGUGAUUUCUCAAGGACACCAAGUGGUGUUAAGUCAAGGACAACAACUCGUUCCGUCAAACAGUGCCGCUCCACAGCAGAUGGUCGUGAGUCAGGCGUUAUUAGCCGGACAACAACAGGGAACGACUACGCAGACAGUCGUCACGCCCCAAGGCCAAGUGAUCCUCCAGCGGCCGGCCACACAGGCUGGCGUGUUCAUGCAGCAGGGCGGUCAGAUAAUUCAGGGUGCAGCUGCAGGACAAGUUAUUCAGCAGGUUUUCCAGCAAGGACAGUCAGGACAAACUCAGAAAGUCAUCCUUCAUCAGGGACAGUUGCAACAGGUGUUAGGAGGCCAAAUGAUCCUCUCUCAGAGUAGUAGUGGCCAACAUCAGGUUCUAGUACAGGGAGGGAACAACUUUCAGGGACAAGUGAUCAUGCAGGGGGUUCCACAUUGUCAGGGACAAGUAUUUGUACAAGGAAAUAAUACCCAAGGCCAAUUAGUGAUGAGUGGUAACCAAGGUCAAACAGUGGUGGUCCCAGGCAAUCAGGGACAACAGCAAGUGGUAGUGUCAAGUGCCCAAGGCCAAACAAUGUUUGUAGCUGGCAAUCAAGGUCAACCUGUAGUAGUUAGUGGACAACAAGGUCAAAGUGGUCAAGUGAUGAUGCCUAGUAAUGUGGGUGGUACGGUACUGUUGGCUCCUCAGCAGCAGGGCUCCACGGCCAAGACAUUGAUAAUAUUGCCCAAUCCUAAGAUGGUGCUGUCGGGUAACCAGCACCAGGGCGGCCAGAGCCAGCAGCUGGUAAUACCGCGUCAAAUGGCCGGACAACAAAUUGUACAAGUGGUCUCGUCGGGGACGACGCUGCCGGUUGCCACUGUUACGACAGCAGUGAGAACUGUGCAUACAGCUCCCCCCAUUGCAGAAACGCGUACCACCCCCACCCCUCCUACUGUCCAGAUUCAGAGUUCUAUUGGUAGUAGUAGCAGCAGUAGUGUGACAACAUACAGUGCACAGACUUCAUCUACUUUGCCCACUGCUAUUGCUCCUGCCCCAGCUGGUCCAACAGCUGUUCCAGUGUCACAAACUUCAGUGAGUCAGGGGCCUCAAACGCCGCACGUCCCUGCCCCACAGGUGCUAUCGUCUGGCGUGGCGCGACGUCCCGGAAAACCGAGUGGAUUACAGUAUUUAUGUGAAUGGCGGGGCUGUAGCCAAGUGUUCAGCAGUGCAGGUCAGGUUUACCACCAUGCCUGCAAAGUCCACUGUCCUCCACAUUUUGCCGAGAUACAAUGUGGCUGGGCAGGCUGCGACCCCAUGGUCAGACGGAGGUUUAGUGCCAUGACUCAUCUCCACGACAGACACUGUAAUGAGCAGCUCCUACAGAUCCUGGCAGUAAGACGGUCACAGUUAGCCACGACGGGGAAGACUGACAUACCUAUCCCCCAGACGCCGCCGCCUCACCCCGGGUAUGCGCCUAAUGCAGCCUUCCAUGCCAUUAAGAGACAUGCCCUAGAAGUCAUCAACCAGAGAGAUGCGGUGGAGAAGGAAGGUCCUGUGACGAAAAGUAUUCGCCUGACUGCCGCUUUGAUCCUUAGAAACCUAGUCAUAUAUUCUAAUACAGGGAAAAAAUUACUGCGAGGAUACGAGUCUGAGCUAGCAAACGUAGCGCUCAGCACAAUGGAGUCGUCGCGGACAGUUGCACAGAUCCUCUACGACAUCAGACUACCUGACCACCAGAACCUGUAAAGCUUGUGAGGUUUUCACAAAAGGGAACUUCAACUAAUCAUCAGGAUCCUGUCAUGUAGGGUAACAUUAGUGGUUACCUCCCUCUUGCUCUUCAUGACCCGGGGAAGGUUUACUCAACAAAGUGGCAUCGUGUACACAAAUUAUAUGAGGGCCAAUCGAAGUGUUCUAUGCUGUCCAAAUUAGGUUUUAUGUAAUCUAUAUUCCCACCACAGUUUUUGUGUGAUGGUGAGCUUGAUAUUAAUAUAUCAGAAGUCCAUGAAAUUGGGCACAUCAAUAGUGCAAUUAUUAAGUAUUGACGUUGAAACGAUAAUUUUUUGAGAAAAAGAGUGAGUGGUAUUUAUAUUGUGCCAGUGACUAGGUGGAAGAUGAAGUCCUUGUUUGUCAAGACCUGCCUUGUAGUAGUUUUUCAUUCCUUAUGUUAGAUUUUUGCAUUUAGAGAAAAUAUCAUUGUAUAGAAGUCAAGGUUUAAGUCUGUGGUAUCAUUUUUACUAUUUAUUUUUUAAUUAGCACAUUUAAUUUUUUAAGUUUGAGAGCUUAUGUAGAUAUUGUCUGAAUGCAGUGUAAAUGCUAUUUUAAAGGGUUAUUUUAUUUUUGUUUUAUUAAGUACAGUAAUCUCAUUAUUGCUAAAUUUAGCUCUUUUAUGACCAGUUUAGCAUGAAGGUGGAUCUGUCAGCACAAUUUUGUAAAUUUUGUACACAGUGUAUAAAUACCAUAACUUCUGUACAUGUAGACUGUAGUAGAAACUAUUUCUUCUGCUAAAAGCAAGUUAAAGACAAGUUUCCUCCAGUACACAUGCUUGAGAGAGGCAGCUGAGGGUUGGGCGCCAGGUGCCAGCACAAGGUCCAGAGAUGUAAUUGGGGGGUUUCAUAUAUUAUACACAUGUGCAACUAGUAAAAAAAUAUAAAAAUAAAAACCUGUGAAAAUUAUUGAAAGGAGAAAGUUGUGAUACCAAAUAUAUAAAAAAAAUUGUUUUUUAUAGAAAACUUGAACUACACGAAAAACUAAUUCUAUUUUCUAUCAUUAUUUGUAGAAUUAUAGAUAGUAGUAUAUUAUUUUUUACCAGUUUGACAUGUAUGAUGUAGAUACUGGACAGUAAAUACUGAUUUUUAAGAAUAAUUUCUAUUAUACAAGAAGCAUAUACUCUGUGCAUCAAAAUAUAAUUUAGUUAUUAUGAAUGAAAUAACAUGGAUGAAAAAAAAUGUACAUUUCUCUAGAAUAUUAUAGACUUCAUAUGAAAAUUAUGGUUAAAACUCCGUACCUGAGUCACGUUUUACACACAGAUUGUUCUUCUGCUGGUCAAUGUUCUCUUUAAAAGUUGGGACAGGAAAGCUGGUAUCACAAGAAGCUGUGUUAGACCCCAGUUAGUAGUAAUAGUUUAAAGCUUUACAGUGUCCAGCCACCCACACUGCUGCUGCCAUGAUCUUGGCAGAAAUUACUUUUUGACUAGGGAGAUUAUUUGCACAUAUAUAUGGGCAAGGUGUGUGUUUUGUAUGUGGUGGUUGUUUCACAAGCCUUCCUCACAGUACUGUAGCACCAUUAGGCUUCAGGUGGACAUUGUAAGUGUGGGCACGAACUAGGAGUCGUCCAAUCAUCAUCUCCUCUGUCACUACACUGAUGGUAUCUGACCAAUGGAUGUGCAAUGUAUACAGCUUCUUGACUGGUGCUGACAAGUUGCAGCGAGCAUGGCAGCAGCGGAUUUUCUCUCGCGACACUUUUGUAUCAUUCCCAGAUGAACAUUUCUUUAUCCGACAUUUACUUUCCUGAUGCACUGAGCUGUGUCUUCUGUUAAAACAACUCGCCAAACAUUAUCAUUAUUAUUAUUAUUAUUAUUUUUUUUUAAUAAAAUAUUGUAAAUGUUAAUGUAAGUUUUCAUUAAUGAACCAUGGAAACUUUAUUGCUCUCUCAUUUAUCCCAUUAAACUUUUUGAAAAACAAGUGACCAACAUAUCAGGCUUCAGUAAAGGUGUGAUAACUUAUGGAUAUACUGUACUCACAAGAAGAGUAUUAAACAGGUAAAAUUAAAUGUAUCUUUAUUACAUUAGUUUUUAAAUAUAAGAAAUUUGGUAUCAAAAAUUUCUAUUGUGAUAAUAUUGCUAAUGUCACUAAUCGUAAUUGUUGCUGAAAGGUGAACGUGAUCAUGAUGUGAGGCGAGGCAGUAGAGUACUAGUGUUUGAUGCAUGCCACAGACGACACCCCACAAGUAGCCUCUCUCGGAUGAGCAUGUCUGUUUCAUGUUAAGCAUAGAUCAAUUUUCUCAGUUGCUUCAAUAUUGAUACUUUUGUAAAAAUUUCUAUAUGCAUCUUCCAAAAAUAUAGAACAAAAAAUCUA